CUUGGGUGGGUGGGAAUAGUUGCCAGAUUAUUGCUUAUGACUCAUUGUCAUUUUGCUUCAGAUCGCACAUCCUGAUCGUAAAUUACAAUAGACAGUUUAUUGGAUUUUUUAUAUGUAUAUGUGCUAUAGAUUAUGUCUGUUGUAAUCAAUUAAUAACACUGUAUUUCUACGAAAGGUAUGCAUGCAGUUGUAUUAAGUUUUAUUUCCCGUUUAUUUGUAUUUGCCGCGCUGAUGUCUUGGCCUUGAAACAGCAGAGCCUCCUAUGUGAAUAUGUAUUAGUGAAAAAUGGUGUCUGUUGAAAGAUUGCUAAUGAACUAAUAAAGUGAUUAACUCAGAAAUAAAAGAAUUGGUACAUGUGAAGGUCUUAAAACUACAUUUGUAAUAUUAAUGGAAGUUUCGUGAUUAGUUGAAAGACGUUACGAAAAAAAAAUGAAAGAAAGGACUGGACGUGAAUCGAAGAUGUCUUAACCAAAAAUGCUGUGCAAAAGUGAAACAAGAAUAUGUACCAUAAUGAAGGUUGUGACGCUAUGAGUGCACUAAAUUGAUCUUCAAAAAAUGAUUUUCGUAACAGAUUUUCAAAUCAAAUAAAAAUGUCCGACAACGACAACUGCCGUUACAUUGUGCAAGUGUAUGUGGGUGCCUUAUCAGACCUCUAUGAAGCCCUCUCUGUUGAGGCCAGUAAGCAGACAACAGCUGAAGAAAUUGUGUCAUGUAUCGUGGAACGAUUAUCUCUGAAUGAAAAUCCUGGAGGAGGUAGUUAUGAGCUAGCAGAAGUUAUUGGAGAUGCACUGGGACGAGAAUGCAAAGAAAGAAGUCUGGGGCCAAGGGAAAGCCCUGUACAGGUUAUGUUACUUUGGCCAAAGGGUCGGACUGAUCAAUCCUCAUAUCGCUUUUACUUGAGAGAAAAAGUGAACGAUUUCAUAUGGACAGAUAACUUUACAAUGGACCCCCAGUUGAUUCGAGAUUAUUUUUAUAGAUUUCUUUACCAGCCAAAAGAUAGAGAGUACCCAGAUCUGUGCCAGUUGCCAGAUUUAAAUGAACAAACUCUGCUUGAUAAUUUACGUGCAAGGUUCAAUGCUGGUCAUAUUUACACCUAUGUUGGUUCAAUUCUUAUAGCCAUUAAUCCAUUUAAGUUUUAUCCCAUUUACAAUCCCAAAUAUGUGAAAUUGUAUCAGAAUCAAAGGCUAGGGCCUAACUUACCACCACACAUAUUUGCUGUAGCUGACUCUGCCUAUCAUUGCAUGUUGAAGGAUAGGAAAAAUCAGUGCAUAGUGAUUAGUGGGGAAAGUGGGUCGGGUAAAACAGAGAGUACAAAUUUUCUUUUACAUCACUUGACGGCUCUUAGUCAAAAAGGAUCACAUGGCAGUGGGGUGGAACAGACCAUACUAAGUGCAGGUCCUGUUUUGGAAGCAUUUGGGAAUGCAAAAACUGCUCACAAUAAUAAUUCCAGCAGAUUUGGAAAAUUUAUUCAGGUGAACUAUAAAGAAAAUGGAAUGGUUCAUGGUGCUGUAGUCCAAAAAUAUUUGUUAGAGAAAUCACGCAUUUGCUCUCAGGGUAAAAAUGAGAGGAAUUAUCACGUUUUUUAUUAUUUAUUACAAGGAGCCAAUGAACAAGAAAAACAAAGUUUGCACUUAGAAAGCGCUGAUCAUUACAACUAUCUUAAUAAAAGUGGAUGUAUUUCAUUAGAUAACGUGGAUGAGAAGUACGAAUUUUCUCGUCUGAAGCAAUCAAUGGAAAUGGUCGGUUUUACUGCAGAAAAACAGCGUCGUCUUUUCUCUGUAUUAUCAGCCGUUUUGCUGCUAGGGAACAUCGAAUUUCAGCCACGAAAAGCGACCUAUCAUCACGAUGAUGCGGUUUGUGUAAAAAACCCAGAAGUGGUUUCGAUUAUUUCCGAAUUGCUGCGAGUUAAACAGGAGACUCUUUUGCAAGCUCUGACGUCUAAAAGGGCUAGAGCUUCUGGGGAAACUUUAAUAAUAAAUUAUCGCAUGCCAGAAGCCAUUGCUAGCCGAGAUGCCAUGGCCAAAUGUUUGUAUGGGGCUCUGUUUGACUGGAUAGUUCUCCAGGUUAAUCAUGCGCUCCUGUCAAAAAAGGAUACCUUACGGGAACAUCAGGGUAAUUCUAUAGGUGUUCUGGAUAUAUUUGGGUUUGAAGACUUUGGGCUGUGCAAUAGUUUCGAGCAAUUAUGCAUUAAUUAUGCUAAUGAACACUUGCAAUAUUACUUUAAUCAGCAUGUUUUCAAUUAUGAACAACAAGAGUAUAGAAGAGAAGGAAUUCGAUGGACUAACAUUGAAUUCAUGGAUAAUACAGGUUGUCUGCAGUUAGUUGAAGGGAAACCCAAUGGAAUUUUGUGCAUCUUAGACGACCAGUGCAAUUUUCCUGGUGCAACGAACGAGACACUUUUACAAAAGUUUAAUUCGAUGCAUCGCGACAACAAUUGGUAUCAACAACCCCAAAAACGAGAAGCUGCAUUUAUAGUUGUCCACUAUGCGGGCAAAGUUAAGUACCAGGUGACGGAAAUGCGUGAGAAAAAUCUUGACUUGAUGCGACAAGAUAUUGUAAGCGUACUAAAAAACAGUUCCAUGGCUUUCGUGCGUGAACUGGUUGGCGCCGACCCGGUGGCUGUUUUCAGGUGGGCGAUAGUGCGCGCCUUCUUCCGCGCUUAUUUCGCGUUCCGAGAGGCGGGAAAGGUGCACAGGCAAAAUAGGGUCGAUGGAAGCAAGAUAAACGUGCAGCAACGAUAUAGGAAUCAUGUUCCCAACGAAAAUAUCAUCAGCUAUCUAGUGACCGUUUCGACUGUAAAUCUGACAGUAAACCGAAUUGCCAGCCGACAACGCAAUUCACUAUCGUACGGUAGAGUGGCCGAUGUGCCAUACACAAGACAGCACUUAAUCCAACGCACGCGCACAACUAGCUUGGGUUCGCCUUUGAAAGGUGGAGCGGAUGACAACGUUUCUAUUACAACUACUACAAAUCCCAACAGUAAGCCGAUAAGGGAUUCGACAGGCAGGGGGUACACUCAUUCCCGAUAUUCUACCUCUUCUUACGGAAGAAGAGUUCUUUGUCCCGAUGAGGCUCGCGUCAUGCAAUUAGCCGAUCAGAUCGUUAAGAAAAACAAGUCGUUCAGACCACGCGAGAGGGGUAAAAAGGGUCUAAAGAAUCUUCAGUCGGUCAAAACGCUCGCAGGUAGAACUGGAUUAGCUGCGGCUGGCGCACAACCCGGAAAGUCUCGUAAACAACCACUCACAGUAGCCGCCCAAUUUCAACAAUCCCUUCACUCUCUCAUGGACACCUUAAACCAAGCAAAUCCGUAUUUUAUCCGAUGUAUCAAGUCAAAUGGUAAUAAGAUUCCGAACGAAUUCGACAACGAUACCGUGCAACGUCAGCUUCGCUACACUGGAAUGCUGGAAACUGUUAGAAUACGUCAGGCCGGGUUUAACGUGCGACUGACUUAUGACGAAUUUAUUCAACUCUAUCGCAUUUUGCUUCCGAAAGGGCUUCUCAGUUCUCAGACAGAUGUUCGGAACUUUUUACUUACUCUCAAUCUGAACAGAGACAACUACCAACUAGGAACAACAAAAGUGUUCCUUCGGGAAUCUGAAAAACAUAAACUCGAUGGUAAAUUACAUCAGCAAAUCAUGGCCAGCAUAAUCACUUUGCAACGCUGGUUCCGUGCAUGCCUUGAACGAAGACGAUUUCUACGAUUGAAACAGGCCGUGAUCGCUUUGCAAUCCCAUUGUCGAAUGUUUAUUGUUCAGAAACAAAUAAAAAGGGUUUAUGCGGCAAUGAAAAUACAGAGGUGUUGGCGAGGAUACAAGGCACGGUCAUGGGUGCAGAAACUUAAACAAGGACUUGUCAUGUUCCAAGCUCUUGCGAGAGGAUACUUAGUGAGAAAGUACGUCUGUCAGAGGCUUCGAGAACAAAAGGAGCAAAAAUUACGACACAAACAACCUGAGGCUUCAACAAAAACUUUAUGUAAUCCGCUCACUCCUCCUGUUUCCGUUUAUGAUCAGUCACUGAAACCUCUGAAUUCGGAAAGUGUCGUAGAGAAUGGAGAAACGAAACUAAAGCAAAAUCUUCGCUGCACUCAAUCAUUACCAGUAGGCAUCAUAUCAAUUCAGUCAAAAAGUAUUGAAAAGGAAAGGGAUCCACAGAACAGUUGGUUUGGAGAUUUACGUAAAGAAGAAAACGUUCAAGCUUAUAACCCUUAUGUAGUAUCAGAAACUCAACCGUUCCAACGAAAUUCUAUUCAAAAUAGCAGUUCGGACUUGGAAUCGCCUGGAAAACAAAGCAGAAAUAACAAUAAUAACAGAUUAAUUAGCGCUAUUAGGCGCCGUGAUAAUUGGUCGCCAAUUUUAUCAUCACGUAGCGAAACUGAUCUUGAAAGUGGAGCCAUAGCAUCUGCGCCCGCAGAACUCGGUGGUCGAUCAUCUGUUUACGAAGACUUAUGGAUGAAACAUUCAUCAUCAGAGGCAGAGAAAGAAAAUCAACAGCACUCUCCAAAGAACAGAUUUCUUAAAGACAGAAUUCAUACACCACUUAAAAGAGAACUAAGAGUGAACGAUAUGUCAGGAGGCGUCAUCCGAGGCUCUCCUGAUGGUCUUAUAAGUUUACCUCCAGUGAGACGAAGGGAAAACUCGGAUUCGGUACGGAAAAGUGAACUGGCUAAAAUUGUUCAAACACAUAAAGAAGAAAAACUAGCGCAAACUAAACCGGAAAUACCACUGAGGGCGGAUCGGAAAAAAUCUAAACGUGACCUAAUAAGGAGUUUGGGUGAAGACGUAUCAGAUUCAAGUGCAAUAGAACGCAGUCUAAUGUUGGGCACCAUCGAAGAAACGAAUGAUAUUAAGCGGCAGAGAAGUGCAGAAAUAGCAACAAAACUUCUACAGAGUGAAAACGAAUGGUGCACAUUGUCGAAACAAACAUUGACGCCGAAACGCACGCGCAGUAGCUUCACGCCGCUCGAUCUAAAACGACGCAACUCUGAUCCAGCCACGAAAGUAACUUUAGAACAUCACCACGGGGAUGCGCAGCAAACCCAGUCAAAAACGAAUAACGAACUCGAAUGGAAAAACGAUAACACGUUCAUGAUGGCCGGCCACUGUUUUAGUAAAGCUAAGAAGACGAACAAAGAUGAAGUUUGCGCAUUUUGUAACGAGGCGACCGACUUGUUUUAUAUGCAGGGUCAUAAGUGCGCUUACUGUAAGAAAUUAUUUCAUACCAAAUGUAUACAAAAUAAGAGUGUACUUCAAAUGCCAUGUGCCGCUUCUACAUCCGAAGGGAACAAACCGGGCCGUAGGAAACAUAGAAAACACUCCCGUGCACCUUACGAUGUUGGGAAACGGUCUGAAGCGAGCAAAUUUAAUUUAACUGGCACUUCUGAGUUUACAGACAGCGCAGAUCAAAUCAUUUCUGAUGCACGGGAAUUCGAACUUAUGCAAGACUUUAUCACAAGCAAAAUUUGCAAGAUGGAGUCGGAAGCAGGGAAGAAUCCAAGCGAAGUUGAUCGUGUGUUUAAGCAAGCUUUGCGAGAAUUUAAGGACAAUUUAGUUCAGAUUUACAGCACGGCGAAUCAGCACGGCACGGGUGACAUUAAAUACAAAGAUCUGAUUGCGAAUUUUAUUCAUGCAAUGCAUACGGUUUGUAAACAAGAAGAAAAAGAUGAAGAUUUUCCCGUUACAAUGGGCGUGAAUGCGUUCCGUGGUUUCAUGAAUGAGUUCAUGACAUCACGUGUCGUAACUGAAAAGCCGAGCAAACUUAAACGAAAAAAGGACAAAAAGCGGAAAGACGACGAACUUAUCAAAUUUGCUGGACAUCGGUUCUUGCUCACCAUUAUUAAUAUACCAACAGCUUGCGAAAUAUGUAAUUCUUUUUUUAUGUGGCCAAUUGAGCGUGGUCUUGUUUGCCAGUCGUGCAAAUUGACAUGUCAUAAGAAAUGCUAUACGAAGGCGUCUAGCACUUGCGUGAAGGAUGCCAGUUUCUCAACGUCUGAAGGCAAAAAUAAUAAAGUUUUUGGGGUCCCAUUGGCUGACUUACUUACUGACGACUGUAAAAUACCGAGUGUUAUCGAACGCUUAAUUACCACCAUUGAAAUGUAUGGUCUUUACACAGAAGGUAUUUAUCGAAAGUCUGGCGUUAAUUCAAAAGUACGCGAACUUAAAGCCAGAAUGGAAGAAAACCCCAAAGAUGUUAACUUUGAAAAUUAUCAAGUCAACGUGCUUGCGUCUGUUCUUAAGAGUUUUCUGCGUGAAAUGCCUGAACCCUUGCUCACAUUCGAAUGCUACGAGAACUUUAUCACGGCCGCAAUGCUGAAAGAUACUCAAGAUCGAGUUUCGACCCUUUACGAUAUCCUUAAGAAACUUCCGAAGCCGAAUUACGAUCUGAUGGAGAGACUCAUCUUCCAUUUAGCAAGGGUAGCCCUACAUGAAGAAACCAAUCGAAUGAGUGCUGCUUCUUUGGCAAUCGUUUUUGCCCCUUGUAUCUUGAGGACCAACAAGCUAGUACCGGCUCAGGAUAGUUUGCACGACAUCUCCAGUCAGACGCAGUGUAUAGAGACCAUUAUUAAAGAACAAUUACGCAAAGUGCGAAACACUUUGGAUGAUAUUGAUACACUUGAUACAGCAUGUCAGGCUGCUACCAAUAGAUUAUCUUCAUUGCGGAGUUCUAAAGUGUUUACGCAAGAAGAGAUCAUGUUGCCCCAGAAUCAGCAUCCGGAUGACGAGGAAGCGAUGCUGGUCGGUCAUAUUGAGGAAAUUAAGAAGGAAAAAGAACAUCUGGCAUCUACGUUACCCACUCUUACAAAUGCCACCUCUGACGACGACAUGUUGUCGACCGAUUUAGAUGGGGAAGGAAGUUGGGACGACGUUUCUUACAUAGGAGAACAAAAGAAGCCCAAGGUAAAAAGUAUGUCAGCGCGUGGUAGCAGUAGUGGUUCAGGAGCAGAAGGUAAAUUCAUCUCAACACAGCCGCCCAAGAUUAAACGACAAAAUUCGGCUGAUAUAGUGCGAAAUUUGGAUGAACACGAAGACCCCAUUAUGGUGUGAAUGAUGAACAGGUAGGAUUUUUUAAUGGACAAUAAAUAAUAAUCGUGUUAACGUGUAAGAGAAAUGAGUAAUUAAGAAACCAUGACAAUUUUUGAUACGUUGUAAAACGUUCGUUUCUUGGCGUACUUUGGUCUGGACUUUUGCUAGAUAUAAGGAACAGGUAAAAUAUUUUUACUCGUGCUCAAAAGAUUUCUUCAAUAGAAAUGUCUUAAAGUUUUUUGUUGCCUGUCAUAUAAAUCUAUUAUUCAAAAGAUUUAUAUUCUUUUUCAAUUUUUUUUUUGGAUUUUUCAUAUUAAUUGAAAAUUUAUUAACUACAAAAGACAUUAAAGUUUUUGUAACGUUUCUGCAAUAGCAUUUAAACUAGUUCUAACUUAAAAUUAGACUGAUCAUUUCUUAUUUGCUAAUAAAUAUCUGAAAAAUGAUUUAGUCUAAUUAUAAGUAAUACUCAUAAAAUGAUAAUAAAUCACGGGAGAUGAUAAACAAAAUGAACUUAUAAAUAUUUUUGUUAAAAUGAAAGAAAUUUUGUGGUUAAAAUAAUUUUAAAAAAUGCUCAGACAUUGCAUUUCAUAUGCUACAUAUACAUAUUUCCGUGAGAGGCUGUAGUAAUUUAAUUGAAUCAUAAAAACAGUGUCAACGUCCUCUAUACGGUCUCAAUCCAAUUUCAUUUUUGCCUAUAACUAAAUAAUUGCAAUAGGUACGAUGUUAUUCAACAAACCAAGUUCCUUUGUAAAGUCACCCAUAUUCAAAUAACGCAUCCCUCAUUUUUUUACUUGGAGUGGGGAGAGGCACAGGGUGUAUUCUGUGGAUUCGUAAUGCUUGAACAAUCUUUCCCCUGUUUUUUCGUUUAGCGAGAAGAUUAACAUAAACAAUUAAUAUAAAACGUUUUUGAUUAUAGCCUAGUUUAUUACUAGACGUUUUUCAGAAAUUUUUGGUAAAUUACUUAAUGAGUGGUAUCCAUAAAAUUGAAUUGUUAGCCUAGUAUCACACUCUUAAAGUUAGCCACCUAUUUGAAAUUCAUAAAAAUUAUGUAAUGAAUCUCAAAACGUUGAGUGUGUUUUUUUUGUGUACCUAUGUACUCAUUCCUGGUUGAUUCUUUUGUAUCAUAAAUAUGAACGUAUCUUCCAGCACUACAGUGUCUACUUUCAACAAUAGGAAUCUUCUUAGUGAUUGAUACACGCAUAUAAAUAUUCAUCUUUCGUGAAGUUAAGUCUGAUACUAAGGAAUCUGUCGUUUUUGAAAGUAGACACUCAAUAUUGGGGGUAGAUAUAAAUACGAAAAUCUGUGUGAUAGAGAUAGUCAAUGUUUGAAAUUCUAUUCACAUUUUUAUGCAUUUCAAAUUGAGUGGCUAUUUUGACUAUUUUAUGCAUACCAUCCAUUAGCAUUUGUCCUUUUUGGAAUUCUUAUAUACAAAUUUGGUAAUUUAUGAUUAAUAUGUUAGUAGUAACCCAGAUUUGAACUACGAGAUAACGGAAAUGUUUACCUGAUUGAAAACAAGCAUAUUUACUAAACUUCAUGUUUGAUUUAAUUUAGCAUAGCAAAGCAUUAUCGGCUUGUUUUGACGAUAAUAAAGUUUUCGA